AUGGUUCCACACACUGACGGCCUGAACAAACCACUGGAGCAGGGCCUACCGGUGGUGCAGGUGCUGGUGGCACUGAUGCAACUUUUCAUCGUCACUACUGAAUGCCCCUCCGCCAGUGUAGCUCUGAAGACCAGGAAGAGGGCGAGGGACGACGGUGAUUUCAAGAGAGUCGCGGAGAUCGUUAUGGUUUUGUCGACCUUGGGACAUAUGCGAGGCGGCAAGGAACCGGCGGCGGCAGAGAAGGCGCUGGUGACCGAGGCCAUGGAGAGGCUUUUGGUGAUGUGCCAGGCCAUCAAACCGAAGGAUCUCAUCUCCACGGAGGCUGUGAGGGUCGUGGCGAAGGAUCUCGGGCUGAACAGGUCUAAGGAUCCUGCUUUGGGAUUCCAGCCACCCAGGAUGUCCAUCACAGAAAAGUUGAUGUUGACCAAGAAAAAGAUGGAAGUGUCCAAGGAAACAAACGUGCAUUCAUCCGUUCAUUCCUCUCAACAGCUUCCUGUAAGUGUUGGUGCAAAAUCUGAAUCUCGGGGUACCAUUGCAUCUGGUGCUUCUAGGAUUUCACAGGACAAGAGUCCUAUGCCAACAUGCUCUGGAGGAUUUCAUAAUUCUUCAACUAUAUCUCAUGUUCCUGUGCUAGCCUGGGCUGCCCCUAAUUUGAAGCAGUCACUGAUUAGUGAUGCGCUUAAUUUAUUUUCUAUUGCAGCUGAAAAUCCACCUCAUAAAAUCCCAACCAUCUCUUCCAUGCAAUCACCAUCUGUUGCUACUGUGUCAAGGUUUAGCCAACCAAACAAAUUGUUGGAUCAUACUUCAAUUAGGUUAGAGGGUAUUGCCGGUGCAAAUGAUAGCCAAUCUUCUCAUCAGAUGAAAAAUCAGGAAAUAAAGUCUUCUACAGUUCAAGCAGGACAAGGAGGCCUACAUAUUACACAUCAACCUACUCAAGGCUUGGCAUUCUUUCAUGCACCUUCUCUUUAUACCAAUCACAAUGAGAUUGAUACAGAAAGUUUGCUUGUCUGUGAUGCUUGUGAGAAAGGAAACCAUUUGAAAUGUCUUCAAUCUUAUGGCAGCAAAGACAUUCCUAAAGCAGAAUGGCAUUGCCCAAGCUGCUUGGCAUCAAGUAAUGGAAAGACCUUGCCACCCAAAUAUGGAAGGGUCACAAGAGCUCCUGUUCUAGCACCAAGAACUACUCCAAAUACAAGCAUCAAUGUUGCUUCUAAGAAAACAGAAGAUUUGAAUCCUAACACUAGUCGACGGAAAGCACUACCCAACAACAAUUCUUAUGUGUCUCAACAUUCCAAUUCUUCGAAUUUGGGUGGUAGCCAUUAUGAUUCAAUGGUAAUUGGUGCUGAAAUGGAUUCGAGGACAAAUGGAGUUAAGAGAGACAAUGAAAAAUGUGAUGUAGUAGGUGAUCAUUUGGAGAAAACAAAUGGAUCUGUAUGUGCUAAUUCUGAUGCAUCUUAUGGGUAUCCCAACGAUAUUGAGAAUGAUAGUGGCUUCAAUGUUCUCAUAUAUCUUUCAAAUGGAAAUAUCCAUCUAUACCAAACUAGUCCUCACAACUUGACCUCACGCACAAGAAUGAUAGUAACAUUUGAAAAAUAUAUGAGAACAUUGAAGCCACUAUCAUAUUAA